GCGCGGUGUUCCCCUGCAGCUGCGCACCAUGGCGACGGAGGAAUGUCAGCGCACGCUGCGCAGCCUGGAGACGCAUUACCAGCAGUUCCUGCAGCACAGCGCCGACGCGCGCUGCUUCCAGCCCGACGACCGCAUGCAGCUGCAGCGCGACUACAGCGCCUGCACACAAAAGUACGAGCUGCUGCUGCGCGCGCAGGAGAAAGGCGAGCAGGAGGAGUCGCUGCGGCGCAGUUACAUCUCGCAGCUGAAGGACAUCCGGCUGCAGCUGGAGAGCUGCGAGAGCCGCACCGUGCACAAGCUGCGCCUGCCGCUGGACAACGAGCCCAGCACCGAGUGCGCGCAGCGCAUCGCUGAGCUGCAGGAGAUCCACCGUGAGCUGGAGGGCAUCCGUGAGAACCUGGAUGCGGUGAGCGCGCAGUCGGCGCAGGUUUUGGCGCAGCCCGAGGACGGAGCCUCAGCGCCGCUGCUGCGGUCGGAGCUGGAGGUGACGCUGCAGAAAAUGGAGCGCGUCUACAGCCUGUCCUGCAUCUACCUGGAGAAGUGAGGCGUGCAGCAAUGCGCGGGGAGGAGGAGGAAG